AUGCCGGACACGCUCCUUUAUUUGUUUUUCACUUUGUUAGUAACCAUAGCUUCUCGAACGAAUAAUCAGCUGAAACUUGAUCCGGAAUAUUUGUUUACACGUCAGGAAAAAAUUGGACGCGGCUCAUUUGGCGAAGUUUUUAAAGGAAUUGAUAAUCGUACAGGACAGGUAGUUGCAAUAAAAAUAAUUGACUUGGAGAAGGCUGAGGAUGAAAUUGAGGAUAUACAACAAGAAAUUAUGGUACUUAGUCAGUGUGAUUCACCAUACGUCACAAAAUACUACGGAUCGUAUUUGAAGGAAUCCAAGUUAUGGAUAAUAAUGGAAUAUUUGGGUGGUGGUUCUGCGUUGGAUCUAACAAAAUGUGGUAAAUUGGAAGAAAGUCAUAUUGCUGUAAUUCUGCGCGAAAUAUUGAAGGGUUUAGAGUAUCUCCAUUCUGAGCGGAAAAUUCAUCGAGAUAUUAAAGCUGCAAAUGUUUUACUCUCCGAACAUGGUGAUGUGAAGGUAGCAGACUUUGGUGUCGCCGGACAACUAACAGAAACAGUGAAAAAGCGAAUUACAUUUGUAGGGACACCAUUCUGGAUGGCACCUGAAGUGAUUCGGCAAGCUUCAUAUGAUUUCAAGGCAGAUAUUUGGAGUUUAGGCAUUACAGCCAUUGAAUUGGCAAAUGGCGAACCACCGCAUUCAGAUUUGCAUCCAAUGCGUGUGUUAUUUUUGAUACCUAAAAAUCCUCCACCACAAUUGAAUGGAUCUCAUUGGUCUCGCUUGUUUAAGGAUUUUGUCGAAUUAUGCUUGAAUAAAGAUCCAGAAAAUAGGCCUUCUGCGAAAGAGUUACUGAAGCAUCCGUUCAUCAGAAGAGCGAAGAAAAAUUCAAUUCUGAUGGAUCUGAUUGAACGAAGUGCGGAUUACAAAGCGAGACUUGGACCAAGUAGCGAUUCAGAUCAAGAUGAAGAAGCUGAUAAUAGUGGCGGGACUGACUGGGUGUUUAAUACGAUAAAAACACCACAGAGUACAAGCGAUCUUACAAACGACCAGAAUACUGUAAGAGUAAAGAGUGACAUUACAAGACCAUCUAUAUCAACAUCUCAUUUGUCGAGAGGUCAAGAAAUGAGUCCGAACUCUACAAUCAUUAACAGAAAUAAUUCUAAUGUGGCUCAAAUAGCUCACGAGCUUCGCCAAACAUCAUUGCGUCCUACAAGUUCCUCUACUUGCAUCAACCACUCAUCGCCUAUUUAUGCUAACACGGGUCCUUUUGCAAAUGAUGUUAAAGUGGCGCAUAAUGGAAACGCUACAACGAUAGCCGUUUCAUCGCCAGCAAGUUCACCUACCUCAUCACUAAUUCGCCAUUCGUUUUCAAUCAACGAUACACCUCCAAAUAUGCAAGGAGCUGCACAGCGCUGUCGUAAUACAUCUUCACAAAUUACUGGAAAUGCAUCAACAAACAUUCUUGCCUAUCGAACAUCCGCAUUUCACCAAAGUAAUCAUCUUUCAACUCAAACGAAUGAGCCAAUAUAUGAGCAACCAAGGAGAAAGGGUGUUUUGGAGCACACAUUACUGCCGGCUUUGGAUCGACUGGCACGUACUCGUCACUCGGGCAGUGAUCUGGAUGCUGUCGCUGCGGCUUUUAAAGAAGCGGAAAAGAAUUGUCCGGGUAUAUGUGACGAAUUUAUUGUUGAAUUGUUAACUGCUGUUGCAUAUCCUCAGGCGACUGAAUCUGAAUUGCAGGCAGCUGUUGAUCGUCUCACUGCGUAUGUUUCUUCAUUUUAG